UGCGACGACAAGAUGGCAGGCCUAGACGAGGAUGCGGUGGACGAAAUUCUGUACUUGGCACGCACAAAUGAGUCCGCCGACUUAGCCUCAUAUCUUUCCGAACUGUCAGCGCAGACGAAGCGACCCAGCGCCGAUUUGGUGGCAGCGGCCAUUGACCCAUACUCGAAGAACGGAGCAUUGCAUUACGCUGCGGCGAAUGGCCACAAUGAUGUGAUCAAACUGCUGUUUUCUGUGUGCGGAGAUAAGCCGGUACCGGACAUUAUCAACGCUGUAAACGAAGCCGGGAACACUCCCCUCCAUUGGGCAGCAUUGAACGGCCACCUUGAGAGCGUCAAGCUUCUGAUACAAUCCGGCGCUGAUGUCACCAUCAUCAAUUCAGCUGGUCACGACGCGGUAUUUGAAGCGGAACUAAACGACAAGCAAGAUAUCGUCGACUGGCUCCUGGGAGCGGUGGAGGAACUUGAAAACGGCAUUGGCCAGACUGGCGAAGCCUCUGGACAUGUUGACGAGAACAUGAGCGACGAUGACAAGGUUGCCAUGCAGGGAGGCACGGCUGGCGUGGAGGAUGUGAGGAAGCAGAUGGAAGAUAUGAAGACCAGGGAUAGCGCCUCACGGGAUGGUUGAAGCAAUACCAAAGGCUUGGCUGCAUAUGAUAAUAUAUUACUGACACCCCUUAGUCCCGCCAGGGACCACAUUUGCUAGAUAGCGAUCGACUAGCUCAUAGCCAGGUACUCACGAGACAGCCGCUGCCGCGUGGGGGAAAGAGGUGAUACAUGACAAGGCGGUACCAAAGCUAGAGGUACAUGAGAUGAGAGGAUGACUCGCGUUUGCGGUUGAUUGCAUUAGCAUUACUUCUGCCACUAUUGUAUCAUGGCUCCAGUCCGAAAGGACGCGAAUAAACAAGGGUCCAAGC